AGUGAAGGCAAACGCUGCACAUCCUCUAAACCCGUUUGAAUUAGACUUUUUUUUUUUUUUUAAACUUAAUAACAGAUCAUAUUUGUUCGCCCCGAUCUCAAGAUGGAGUCCGCCCCUUUUCCAGAGGAGAUGUCGGAGAGAAAAGUGUGUGUUGUCGGGUCGGAGCUGGUGGAAAACUACACGGUCUACAUCAUCGAGGUGAUGGAUGGAGAGCACAGAUGGACUGUGAAGCACCGCUACAGUGACUUCCAUGACCUCCACGAGAAGCUGACUGCAGAAAAGAAGGUUGACAGACGGCUACUUCCUCCUAAGAAGAUUUUGGGAAAGAACUCGAAGAGUCUGGUGGAGCGGCGGCAGAAGGAGCUGGAGCUCUACCUGCAGACGCUACUGCAGCAGUUCCCUCAGGCCACGCCCACUCCACUCGCCUGUUUCCUACAUUUCCACCUCUAUGAAAUCAAUGGCAUCACAGCAGCACUGGCUGAGGAGUUGUUCCAUAAAGGUGAGCAGUUGCUGCAGGCUGGCGAGGUGUUUUCUCUGAGUCCUCUGCAGCUUUACUCCGUCUCCCAGCAGCUCCGUCUGGCCAAACCGACCUGCUGUAACGGAGAUGCAAAAACCGACCUCGGACACAUCCUCGACUUCACCUGCAGGCUGCGAUACCUCAAGAUCUCUGGUACCAGAGGUCCAGUAGGAACCAGCAACAUCCAGGAGAGCAGUCUCCCCUUCGACCUGUCUGUUUUCAAAUCAUUGCUGCAGAUAGAGAUCACUGAGUGCAGCUCACAGCGAAUUCAAGGUUUGUCGUCUCUGAGGUCGAGUCUGGCGACUAUGAGUAUCCACCGCUCCACGGAAACAAUGAUGUCGAUCCUGGUACCGGAGGCGAGCGAGUUCUCACAGUGGGAGCCCGAGGGGGUGGAGUCUGGCUGUCCCGUCACCGCCGUUAUCCCUGUGUGGAGAAACCUGACCACGCUGGACAUGAGCCACAACUGCAUCAGCACCAUCGACAGCUCAGUGAAACUGAUUCGUAAAGUGGAGUUUCUGGAUCUGAGUUACAAUCAGCUGUCCUCAGUGGAAAACCUCCAGCACCUGUACAACCUGGUCCACGUGGAUCUGUCCUAUAACAGCCUGCGGGUCCUUGAGGCUGCUCACACCCGUCUGGGCAACAUAAAAACCCUUAGCCUGGCUGGCAACCAGCUGGACCGACUGACCGGCCUCUCAAAGCUCUACUCUCUGGUCAACCUGGACCUCAGCCACAACCAGCUGGCCCAGUUGGAGGAGAUCAGGAACAUCGGCUCUCUUCCCUGUUUAGAGAAACUCAACCUGUCCAGUAACCCCAUGUGCAUCAUCCCAGACUACAGGACCAAAGUCCUGGCCCAGUUUGGAGACCGUGCAGCAGAGGUUUGUCUUGACAGUAAAGUGACGACAGAGAAGGAGCUGGACACAGUGGAAGUGUUGAAAGCCAUUCAGAAAGCCAAAGAGGUCAAAGACAGGAUGAGCAGCAGCGACAAGAAGAUCAGUGAGGAGACCAGGCUGUCUGCUCCUGCACCUCCUCACCUCUCCGUCUCCUCUCCCCCCUCCCCCUCCCCCUCCCCCUCAUCCUCAUCCUCCUCCUCCUCCUCCUCCUCCUCCUGCUGCUCCUCUGCUGUCGCUCCUCCUACUGUCACCACCUCUUCAUCCUCUUCCUCCUCUUCCUUUUCCUCUUCUUCCUGUCGGGCCCAGCAGGCUGCCUGCCCCAGCCAAGAAGUGACGACCAGAGAAGAAGCCUCGGUUCCCCCCAGUGUUCUCCCUCCUGUGGACGCUGUACCUCCCCCCGAAAGCUUUAACACCAACGCGCACCUCCUGUCUGCUGAACCCGCCCAGAGACAACAACCUGCUGUCAGUCUGACUGAACACACACACUGUGGAGCUCCCACAAGUAUUACUACUACUACGACUAUUACCACUACUACUACUACUACUACCAUCUGUUGCGUCUACUCCUCCUGUUCCUCGCGACCAGUUGAAACCAGUUGUAGUUGCACAAGGUGCCCCGCCUGCCCUCUACUUCCCUCUCACCUGCUCUCCCUCUCCUCCAACAAAGACUUCAUUACCCAGCUCUCCCAGUGUCUCAGUGCCACCUUGAAGGAGCAGCAGAAGCAGCAGCAGCAGCAGCAGCAGGAGGAGGACGACGACGAGGAGGAGGAGGAGGAGGAGGAGGAGGUGGAGAGAUCUGAAUCCAGAGAGGUUCAGUCCCGUGUGGAGGACACCAAGGUGGGCAGUCCCAGUCCAGGUUCCAGGGAUGGAUACUUUGAGAUGGGUCUGGAUGACUCUGUGGAGGAGUCGGUCUGCUCCUCCUCUACGUCACUCGCUGCUCCUCCUGCAGAGAAGCCCGGUGGCCACCAUGGGGGACUGUGUGACGAGGACGAGGACGAGGACGAGGAGGAGGAGGAGGAGCAGCAGGAGGAGGAGCAGCAGCAGGAGGAGGAGGAGGAGGUGCAUGUCAGUAGGGUUCUGUGGUGCUACUGCCUUCAGGUAGAGGAGGAGGUGAAGCAGAAGGAGGCGUGCCUGGUGUUGACUGACCGACUGUUGGGACUGCUGUACCUAUCAGAUGAUUUCACAUGGACAAAUCAGGACGCAGACCGGGACCAGAGUCCACCUGUGAAGGAGGUGCUGUCAGGCCUGCAGAUGGACCUGCUGCUGCCUUACUCCGGGCUCCUGCUGUCCUCCCGCAGCGAGCUCCCUGACUGCUGCCUCGCCUUCGGGCUCCGGUCUGGUCCGACCUGCUGGUACGUCUUCUCCGAGGCGAAGGAGCUCCGGCAGACCAGGACAGAACUGACAGCGCUGAUCCAGGCAGCAGAGUCUCAUGCGGAGCCGGAGCCUCCAAACACUCCCCAUCUCCUCCCUCAUUCGCUCCUCAACUCCUGGGAGCUGGAGGAGAGUCAGGGAGCCCAGGGAGGCUACCCUGCCCACCUCCUCCCCUCUUCCUCCUCCUCCUCUGCCCUAUACACCCACCCCCUUCUGUUGGACAUCUUAUCUCGGAGAGAAGAACCCCGCCUCCCUUCGCUCCUCUUCCUCACCCACCGACACCUUUGGGUGCUGAAGAUGGACUUCAGGGAGCUGGCAGAAAGAGAGAGGAGCAACGCUGACGUUCAUCACUCCUCCUCCUCCUGCUCCUGGUGCAGGCUAGUCCGUGUGCCCCUCGGCUCAGUGGUGCUUCACCCCAGGGAGAGAGCUCCUCAGGUCGGGGGCAGGACCAGCAGCACCUCCUGCCCCGGCCCCAAACACCACCACAGGAGGAGUCACACUGUGGAGCUGCUGCUGGGAAAUCAGAGGCUGCUGCUGCUCUUCCCUCUGGCCCGGGACAGGAGCUCCUUCUUGGGGGAGCUGAGCCAGCGGAGAGCGUCCCUGGAGGGGCUGAAGAUGCUUGCCCUGCCCCAAACCUGCAGGCCCUGUCCACAGAGAGAAGAACAUACACAAGACGGUUACAGAUCCAGAGACCAGUGCUGUUGUACCAGUACCAGGAAAUCACACAACUCCAGCAGCUGGGGCUCCUCUCGUCUCCAGCUAGAGGAGAACCAGCCGUCCCCCCACCUCAUCCCGGGUCUCUCCUCUGGAUUGAAGCUCCUGGCUGGACUCGGAGACCAGCAGCUGCUGGCCUUCUUCCGAACAUACAUAGCACUGUCUGAGGCAGAGGAGGUGAGACAGGUCUUGUGGCUGUCUGUGGUUCUCUACAAGUCUCCGGAGGCUGAGCUGACCUGCUGUCUGCUGCUCUCCACCGAUACAAUCUACUUCUUGCUGGAGGACUCUGCCUCCACACUCGGUCAUCACUCAGUGUUGGACAUAACAGACCCUGGAGAUCCAGACGUCUGUCUGUGCUGCUGUCUGUCGAUCAGACUGUCUGAGCUGCUGUCCGUCAACGUCGGACUGUUCGACCAGUACUUCAGAGUCGUAGGUCAUUCGGCCGAUCACAUCGUGUGCUGUCUCAGCAGGGACAGUUAUGGGACGGGCGUCUUUCUUCAGGAGCUGAUGUCAGCUCUCAGCUUGCAGCAGCAGCAGCUUCCUCCUCCAGAGCCGUCGGAUCAGGACUUCUACUCCCAGUUCACCAACACAAACACAGGUAAGAUGCAGAACUACGAGCUGGUCCACAGCAGCAGGGUGAAGUUUAUUUACCCCAGUGAGGAGGAGAUGGGAGACCUGACCUUCAUCGUGGCAGAGAGGAAGACUCCGGCCAGCGCGGCAUCUUCGUCAUCACGCUCCUUUAAUGUCCUGCUGUACCUGCUGGUUUUCCAGGUCCAGGUCCCCAGCAGUCUGCCCAGCCAAGGGUCCGCCACCUCAGGCUCCUCCUCCUCCAAUCCAGGCUCAGCCCCGUCACCCGUACUCCAGCCCCGGACCCUGAUCCUGACCAGCACCGAUGUGUUCCUAUUGGACGAGGACUAUAUCAGCUAUCCUCUGCCCGACUUCGCCAAAGAACCUCCCUCCAGGGAGCGGUACCAGCUGCGUGAAGCUCGCAGGAUCCGGGACCUGGACCGGGUCCUGCUGGGCUACCAGACGUACCCUCAGGCUCUGACCCUGGUGUUCGAUGACCUGCCCGGCCCUGACCUGCUCUGCCACCUCACCAUGGACCACUUUACCGCCGGGGCAGAGGAAACCCUGCCCAGAGGUGCUGGAGCCGGCGGGGGCGCGGAGGGUGAGGUCCAGUGGUGCGUCUUCGUCCCAGGAGCCGACAGCAGGGAGAGGCUCAUCUCACUCCUCGCUCGUCAGUGGGAGGCACUUUGCAGCCGGGAGCUCCCUGUGGAGCUCACUGGCUGAUUGGUCGACAGGGAAUGACGAACAGAUGGGCGACUGUUCAGCACCUCUCUGGUUGGUUGGGGGCUGAUUGGCAGGUGGAGUCGUCACGUGACUGGGCUAAUUUACACGGUCGGAUUCAGAGCUCGAUUGGUUUAAAGGCCUCAAUAUGGCUCAAACGAAGGAGUUUGUGCAAAAUGUUGUCUUACCAUGUCUAAAGGCAAAGCAUUUUGUAGCAGUGUGAAGAAUGGGGGGAAAAAAAAAGUUUGAGAGAGAAUCUGGCCAAUCGCAACAUAUAGACAGCAUGAGAUUUGUUUGAUUUGAACCACUGUCUGUUGAGAUCAGGCUUCAGUGAGCUCACCAAAUGCUGUGAGAUGAUCCGACAAGCACUUCAUUUGAAGCAUACUGACACCUUUAGGCUGGCUUUUUACAGAUCGGAGGGGAUGUGGCUCUGCUCACAGGUUUUUCGGUGUCAACCGCAGAAAAAAAAAACUGAGGGUUAAUAGGACCCGACUGCCAUCACCGACAGUAGGCGGGACCCGUGACUCACAAGGAGCCUAAACAGUGGGAGUUUCUGGCACCACCACACCUUCACGCAAAGUGUUUGACACAGGAAAUUUACUGAUUCGUUGGGUGACUUGACUGACUGACUGACUGACUGACUGACUGACUGACUGACAGACACAGACAGACAGGUGUUGCACAGCAGGGGGCGCUGUAGACAGUCCACAGGAGUUUCUACCGGAUUUUAUUAAUCAUUACCUUAAAGGAACAGUUUGUCAUUUAUGGUAAAUCCUCUUGUUCUCUGUCAUCUCCAGAGUCAGAGGAGAAGAACGAUAUCAGUUUCAUCUCUGUGCAUCCAAUACAGAGAGAGAUCCAGGACAUGUUUAGCCUAGCUUAGCACAAAGACUGGAAGCAGGGGGAAACUGCUAGCCUAGCUCCAUCAAAAGUGGGGAAAAAAAAAUCCAUCUCCCACAACUCCAAAGCUGUUUGAUUUACAUGUUAUUUAUGUAAAGUUGAUCUUUAAACCAAAAAUCACUUUUAUAUAUAUUUCCAUUUUUGCAUGGGGUCAGUCUGAAUCUAGGUAAGGAGACAAGAGGAUUUCCCAAAAUGUUGGACUGUUAUUUUAAGUAACUCACAUGCACACGCACACACACAGCUGCUCGGCACAAUCUGCUUUCUGAACAUUUUAUUCCUUGCACAUUGUAAUUAAUUAAGCAGUAUUACAGACCUGUAUACUAAAGCUUUUUAUUAAUAUGAUAUGAAUAUAAUUGUUGCUUUAGGACAGACAGGUGUUUUCCAUCCUGAAGCUGAUUUUGUACUAAACAUGAAGGUCCUGAUGAUAUUUCUGACAUGAAAACUGAAAUAUUUAGUAUUAUCAUUGAGGAUUAUUUUUUAUAUUUUGUUUGUAUUUUAUUUUGAUGUAUUUGGUGUUUUUUGUUUUUCAUACAUUACUGUUGACAAAUGGGAAGCCGGCCACUGUUGGACCUCCCCACUCUUCACCCCUGUUGUUUACGUUACAUGUUGUUGUCUUGUUAUAGGGGAAUGCCACUGAAUUAAAGUGAAAAUGAAAGCCUUCCAUGUAACAAUAAUUCCUGUUUGGUUUAGCGACAGCGGUUUGGUUUUUAAAAAAUCAGCAGGACUCAACCACAGUCGGCGCACUUUUCAGCUGACGAAGCUAUUAAACUAGAAAACCAGUCUGACUCUGGGGCCAACAAGAAGUGAGUCACUCCAUGUUUCUCUGGGAAUGCCAACUA